AUGACAUAUUUCAUCAUAAAGGGGAUAUCUGAUGAUCCUGAGCUCCAGGCUCCUAUAUUUGUUCUGGUUUUACUCAUUUAUCUCGUUGUUCUUGUUGGGAAUAUGAGUCUUCUCCUCCUGGUCUGCCUGGACUCUCAUCUUCACACUCCCAUGUAUUUCUUCCUUGCUAAUUUGUCUAUAGUGGACAUGAUGUCUCCCAUUGUCACCCUACAUAAGAUCCUUCUAACCUUCAUUACAGGAGAUAACACCGUGCCCUACCUGGCCUGUAUUGUGGAAAUCUAUAUGUUUUCAUCCUUAACAACACAUGAACUUUUCAUAUUGGUGGCCAUGAGCUAUGAUCGAUAUGUAGCUAUUUGUAGACCCCUGAAUUAUAAUAUUAUUAUGAACUUUAAGAUAUGUCUUGUUUUGACUUCAUUUUGUUGGAUAUUUGGUUUUAUACAUCAUGUUUCCUUCAUCUGGUUUCUAUAUAAGAUCUCUUGUUUCUCCACGAAUGUUAUUGAUCACUUCUGCUGUGAUCUUGUCCCCAUCAUGAAAAUUGCCUGCAGUGACAUCACAAUAUUGGAAAUGCUGUCCAAUACACAAGGGCUUAUGGUAUUUUUCAUUAUUCCCUUUCUGCUCAUCUUAACAUCUUAUAUCUUUAUAAUUCGGUCCAUAAUGAAGAUACGUUCCAGUAUUGGUAGAAGAAAAGCCUUCUACACAUGUUCCUCACACCUCACAGUCAUCGUGUUGCUGUUUGCAACGUUCAUCUUACAGUAUCUUAUACCAAGUAAUAGCUUAGGCUCCAAGAAAUUACAUUCUUUGUUUAACAUGGCAAUUGUCCCAAUGCUCAACCCAUUUAUAUAUAGUCUUAAGAAUAAAGAUGUCAAAGCAGCUUUCACAAGGAGGAUCAGGAAAGUGAACACAUUCUGUUAUAUAAAUGUGAGCAGUGUCAUCAGAAUGGAGAAAAAAAUCUAA